GAGACUGAGAGCAGGGCCAGCUCUGUGUGAAAAGGGGUGUGGACUCUAAACCUGGGCUCACUGAAGAAGUUUUUCCAGAGCGAGCGGGACGACAGCUCCGGGGCGGAAGCGAGCGAGCGAGAGAGAGAGCAGCGAGGGAGAGGCCGCACACAGACGGAAAGCCUAUAAACCACCGGGUCUCCGAGUCCAAGUCCAGGCCGACGGGUAAACACAGAUAGCGUCUCUCCCGCCUCCCAGCCCCAGCGCGGUUUUCAACGAGCGAAGCACCGGCAGGAUGGGCGAAGACGCCGUGCAGGCGGAGCGCAGCAGCGCCGUCAUCCCCCACGAGAGCCAGGACCUGGUGGUGCCCAGCCCCAGCCCCACCCAGUCCUCCCCCACCCACAGCCUGUCCCAGCUGGGCGGCGGCGGCGGCGGCGGGGAGCCCGCCCUGAUCCUCACCAGCGGCUCGGCCACCCUGCCCCUCACGCCCACCACCCCGGGGGGCUCCAAGGACGGGCAGGUGAACGCCAUCACCGUACUCACGCUGCUGGACAAGCUGGUGAACAUGCUGGACACGGUGCAGGACAACCAGCAGAAGAUGGAGCUGCGGCAGGCGGACAUGGAGACGGCGGUACGGGGCAUCCAGAGCGACAUGACCAAGCUGUCCAAGUGCCACACCUCCACCUCCAACUCCGUCAGCAAGCUGCUGGAGAAGUCCCGCAAGGUCAGCGUGCACAUGAAGGAGGUCAAAGACAAGAUGGACAAGCAGGCCGUGCAGGUGAAGAAGCUGGAGGCCAACCACGCCCACCUGCUCAAGAGGAACAACUUCAAGGUCCUCAUCUUCCAGGAGGAGAACGAGAUUCCCGCGAGCGUCUUCGUCAAGGAGCCCGCGCCCUUCCCGCGUGACGCAGAGGAAGAGGCGCCCAUGUCCCCUCCCGCCGACGCAAACCGCUCUCAUGAAGACACCCUGCAUACCAUCAACCUUUCCUCCGACGAGGAGAUGCUGCCUGACGACGACGACGACGAGGCCUGCCAGGAGAUGUCCCUGGAUCGCAUGGAGAAGUCCCGCGCCGAAAAGAUCAAGCGCUCCAGCCUGAAGAAGGUGGACAGCCUGAAGAAGGCCUUCUCCCGCCAGAACAUCGAGAAGAAGAUGAACAAGCUCGGCACCAAGAUCGUCUCGCAGGAGCAGCGGGACAAGAUCAAGAAGAGCCUCACGCCCAACCACCAGAAGAGCCCGACCGCCAAGAGCAGCUCCUUCAAGGUGUCACCGCUCACCUUCAAUGUCAAGAAGGUGCGGGAUGGCGAGGGGCCAGCGGAGGGCGCCGCGGCCUCCACCAGCGCUGCCGUGGAGCUGUCGCCGAUCCUCAACCCGAGCGAGGACACGCCCUUCACCGAGGUGCACUCCGAGCUGUCUCCGGGGCUGGAGGAGGCCAAGGCGGUGGCCGAUUCCCUGGAGAGGGAGGGCGAGGAGGUCCAUAGCCCCUCCUCGAGUGGCCUGGAGGGAGAGCUCACCAUCACAGAGGACGCCACCCUCCCGCUGGAGGACGACAAGCCAGAGGAGGGAGAAGAGGAGGAGGCGGGGGAAGAGAAGAAGGAGGAGGCAGGAGAGAAGGAGGAGGAGGGGGAGGCAGCGGCAAAAGGGGAGGAGGCCAAGGAGGAGGUUCCCCUGGAUGAAGCCUCCUAAUGCCAGCGUCCUGCCCAUAAAAUCUGCCCCCUCACCCCCACACUACAGUCCCACUCCCCCAAAACUCCUCCCAUUCCUGCCACUCAAACUGGGCAGCAUCCUUCCAACCUGCACCUCAGAAGACAUCCCCAACCCACCCACAACUGCCCACCCUCCCCCGUCCGCUACUCUGCACACAUUCCCAUUUCCUGCUGCGCUCCCAUCCAUCAGCCGCCAGCGGUUGUCUAGCUGGCCGCCCAACCCGUCGCCCCAUGCAGAAACACACACAUUUGCAGGAGGGUACCCCCAACAGAAGACCCACAGUGCUCUGACACCCCGACACUUUCUCCUGCUCCUCAGGCUUCUCUGCCACUCAAUCAAUCUUCCCUCUCAGUCGGAGGAGGACGUGGACGCUGACAAGGCCAGCAAACAUUUGUACUUGGAAAUCCGAAGCCCCCCCUCCAACACCCCCCACCCCACCCCCACACCGCCUCCUCAGCCGGCCGUCCCUGGAAAGAGUGGAGCAUUCGGGAUCGUUCUGACUCAUUCCUUCCAAAGGUGAUUACUCACACUGGCCCUAAUGGGACGCACAGAACAGCACAGAACCCGCCACUCUGAACCACCACGCGGCAGGACUGCGGCUCCAUAGCAACCCCUCGGCUCUGGCACCCCAUCCGUUAAACCCAGCCAGGCUUAGAAAGAAAGCCCACUGGGUGGCAGAUGGCAGGUAAAAAAGAAAAAAAAAAAAAUUUUAAAAACAUUUUACCAACAACAAAAAUCAUCAUAAUAAACGCAUAUGUUGGGAUGAGAAGCGGAAACACAUACAGGAAUGCAGCCCACAUACACCUGUGGCCCAAGCACGCAGCUCCUUUAGCUUCUGCUGUCUGUCACCGUCCGUCCGUCAGACGAUCGGCCCUUCUAUUGGGAAAGUGUCGGCUAACGUUUAGCCUGGGGAGGGAGGGGGCUGCAGCAACAUGUGGCAAUGAUCACUCAGUCCGCACAUUCUGCUGGCUGGCACAGCCUACCACGGCCCUCAUUCCUGCACACUGGACCUCUGAGUGCAAACAGAGCUCCGUCUGGAGCCUUGGCCCCUCUCGCCCGCUUCGGAAGCUCCCGUUUUCUAAUGGGCUUUGCGUUUUGUAACACCCUGCAGAGCGAGAAGCCGUCGGCUAUCUCCACAUCUGUCGGGCAGUCCGAUCGCAUCCGGCCCUCCCGCCAUUCCGACAAACAUGUCCACCAGGAGUUUACAGAGUGUGGGUAAGGGUCUAGCAGUGGCAGCAAUUUGCUCACUGAAAUUCCAACAUUCUUGCACGCUAGGAAAAUGAAAGCGAUAUCUUAAUCUUUACACUUCACAGCGUACGUGUGGUUCUGAAGCUGUGCGCUAGCGCAAAGCUGGCCAGUUCGAACAGGAACCGACAGCAACCUCACAAGAACCGGCUCGCAGCACAAUCUUCGCGUUCCGAUGCACAUACAUUUGUUGGGGUGGCAACAGCGGGAUUCGCUUAUGUAACUGAACGGGGGGGGGGAUACUCACAGGGUUAGUCUUAGGAAUGUCCAGGGCAUAAAACUACCCCCACCUUAACAUUCACCCAUGGAAAAAGGGAAAACAAGAAAAAAUGUUUUGGCUGAAUAAACACUACUGUAUUCAUCAAUGUUAAUUGAAUCCAGAUCACACAGAAUGGGUGGUGGUGC